AUGGUCGACACGGAUGUGUUCGCAGCGAUGGGCAUUUCCGGCUUUGGAAAGAAGUCAAAGCAGAGACAGCUCGACCCAAACCGCUUCGAGAAGAACAAACGUGGAGAGACAAUGGGAUCCUCAACAGCGGCUCAGAGGAAGGAAGAAGACGAGACUGCUCCUGCUCCGGCAAGCACGCCGUAUGUUAAGGUGCAGCCUGCUCUAUCGCCCUCACCAGCAGAAUCAGAGUUCGAUGUGGACGACAUUGGCCCUCCGCCCCCUCCUCCGGAAAUCCACGCAGACCAGAAUCAAGAAGGAGAGCCUGAAUUUGACGUUUCGGACGACGAAGACGACGACACCCCCCAAUUCCCCAUCACUCACGAACUAUUGCUGAAAGAUCAUACGAAGGUCGUGUCUGCCUUGACUCUCGAUCCAUCAGGAGCGCGGGUGUUGUCGGGCUCGCACGACUAUGAUUGUAAGCUGUGGGACUUUGGUGGGAUGGACUGGAGGUGUAAGCCAUUCAAAACUUGGGAGCCCGCGGGUACUUACUACAUCCACGACCUGAAGUAUUCGAAUGACGGGCAGCAGUUCCUUGUUCUGUCGGGAACGAUGCAGGCCAAGCUGUACGACCGUGACGGAGAAGAGCUGGCCACUUUCGUAAAGGGUGAUCCGUACAUUCGGGACAUGAAGAACACAUCCGGACAUGUUGCCGAAUUACGCUCUUGCGCUUGGCAUCCGCACGACCCUCAAACGUUCAUCACAAGUUCCGUUGAUUCUACGAUACGGAUAUGGGACGUUGAGAACAAGCGGAAGCAGAAGACUGUGAUUGUCGUGAAAUCGAAGGAGCGAGGAGCCCGAACGAAGGUCACUUCUUGUGGGUACUCUCCUGAUGGCAGUCUGAUUGGAGGAGCUUGUCUAGACGGCGCUCUGCACAUGUGGCAAACUAAAUCAAAUUUCGUGCGACCGAGCAUGACAGUAGAGGCAGCUCAUACCAAAAACACUGAACCUGGCUCUCUGGUUUUCUCUGUCGACGGCAGGACAGUGCUCACCAGGGGCGGCGAUGACACAGUAAAGUUGUGGGAUCUUCGGGCGUUCAAGAAACCCCUUGCAACGCGGUCUGACCUUACAACGCUGUAUCCGACAACCAACGCAAUCUUCAGCCCGGACGACAAGUAUGUUGUGACAGGCGCCGCGGCGACCUCGAAGGGAGGAAAAGGUCGCUUGAUGUUCUUGCGCAGGGACAACCUGGAGUCCGUGAAGGAGCUCGAGGUUGGCACAACGCCGGUGAAGGUUUUCUGGCACUCCAAGAUCAAUCAAAUUGUGACCGGACUAGCGAAUGGCCAGAUCUGUGUCCUGUAUUCCCCUCAUACUUCCAUCAACGGCGCGAAACUGCCUCUCAACAAGGGGGCACCCAGGAAGGCGACGGUCGAAGAUAUGUCAGAUGCAGUGUCCGCCCCGACCAUCCUUACUCCGCACGCAUUACCGAUGUUCCGCGAUGGAGAUGGCAUCGCGCGAGGCAGCAAGCGCAAGAGGGAGAAGGAGCGCAUGGAUCCCCGCAAGAGUCGGAGGCCCGAGUUGCCCGUCACUGGUCCUGGCCGUGGUGGACGUGUCGGUGCAAGUGCCACGCAACACGUCGUGCAGAAUCUUGUGCGGGACACAACGAGAGAUGAAGAUCCAAGAGAGGCAUUGCUCAGGCUCGCAAACACAGACGAGAACCCGAUGUGGACAGCUGCCUGGCGCACAAAUCAGCCCAAGCCCGUGUUCGCAAAGGCGGAAGAGGAGGAGCAGACGGAGGAAGACAAGGCAUAG